UGGAAUGAGUACUAUUUCGAUCAGACUUUAUUUUAAGGUUCAAUUCUUUCCAUUAACUGUGACUUUUACCAGUAUGUUAAUAGAAAAAAAUAGUUAAUAGUGAGAAUUGGUUAUCCUGGUUUCUAAGAAAUAGGUUCCCUUACAGUUAGUUAGAUGGAAGCCAAUGUCAUCUGACUUCCUUCUCAUUUGUAAAAUGUAACUUUGUGUUUCAACACGUCUAUAGUUUUCAGUUUGUGUCAAAGGGGGCGCAGCGUGAUCACCUCUAACACUGAGCUGUAGUCGCAGGGGAGUCAGACCCCUGUCCUCCACACACCAGAGCCCCUAAUUAUCUAAACCACAGGUCAGAGAAGAACCAUCCUCUUCACUGCAUGUCGGCCCUUCUCUGCUCCGGUGACUUCAGAGUACUGAAGAAAACUUCAGCCGCUGUCUCGCGCGCGCUCGCUCUUCCAGAGGACCCCGGAGAAUAGUUCGAAAUGAAUUCAACCGUUUUUAACGACACGGACGGCGCUUUGUUUUCCAACAGAAGCGGCGACAGCUUUCUUUCGUGCUGUAACUUGUCCUCGGUGGUGACGGACAGCGGGUUCGCGUCCACGGCUCUGGACGAGCGCAGCGUGUUCAUCAUGCGCACGGUGCAGAUCGCCGUCAUGUGCGUGCUGGCGCUCACCGUGGUCUUCGGCAUCUUCUUUUUAGGCUGUAACUUGCUCAUUAAGUCCGAGGGCAUGAUCAACUUUCUGGUCACGGACAGAAGACCGUCAAAGGACGUCGAAGCGGUCGUCGUGGGAUCGUAUUAGUGCGUAAAAGUUGCGACGGUGAUGUGUGAAACUUAUCCGCAUUGCCCUGCAGAGACAGAGACGAAGAGACAGAAACUUUUCCACUGGGGGAAAAAGUGAAGUUUAUGAGAUAAACGGAGGUGUACCUUGAGAUCCGGUGACUUCAAUGAAUAUUAAAUAUAUGAGAGGAAACAUCGCGGCAUGGACUGUUUUGCUCUCCGCGAGCGAUUAAUGUUCAUGUGAUUAAUGCUCGUGGAACAAACUUGUUUUCAGACUGCUGAGAUUUAUGCGGGUAGACAUUUUGAGCAAUGCAUACGAAAUGCAUUUUAUACUGCGUGUUAACUCAAGCACUUCUUAAAGUUGGACAUUUAAGUCUAUUUUGUGCAAUAUUCAGUGACAGAUGUCUUUGUUGUGCUACAGUAUAUUCUUCAACUAAUUUACUGUCGCAUCGCGUUUGGAAAUAUGCAUAUGUGGUUUGCACUUACUCUAAUUCGCAUGUUUCUGGAUGAAUUAUGGAUGAGUUCUGUAUCAUGGAUUUAUUACAGUGAGAUAAAUUUGAAACCCGCUAAAUGUAAUGGAUUUCCUUGCAUCACUGUGACCUGACGCUAUAGUAUUCCUUUUUGAUUACAUAAAAGGCAAGUAGGUAA